AAAAAAAAAGCACGUGUAUUUGUGUUGCGUGGUUGUUCAGUGCUGCUUUUCUGUUGCAGGCAGUUACUGAAAGACCCCCAGGUGUUAUUUGCGGGGUACAAGGUCCCACACCCAUUGGAACACAAAAUUAUCAUCCGAGUCCAGACCACCCCUGAUUACAGCCCCCAGGAAGCUUUCACCAACGCCAUCACGGAUUUGAUCAGUGAGCUCUCCCUCCUGGAAGAGAGGUUCAGGGUUGCUAUUAAAGACAAACAAGAAGGAGUGGAGUAAAAUCACCCCCUUUAGAGUGGACUGUACUUCUGAGCAGAAUGAUGCAUCUGUUAGUUGAAUGCUAUAUUUGAACCUCCAUUCAUGGCAAAUAUCCCCCCCCCCCCUUAUCCCACUUAUGAUGUUUAGUUAAUUUUUGACAGCAGUGGUGAUAUGCUGAGGGGCAGUUUUUUAUAGCAGACUUGCCAAGAGAUUUAUCUCGAUUUGAUGGAUAAGUCAUUAAAACAAUCUCUGCUGUUCUAACUGGAGCCUUAAUGCAAAUAUUUGUACUAGGCUGUUGGUGAGUUUGUUGUGAGUGUACUUCCAGCAUGAGAAGCUGCUGAGUGACAGCAGUAGAUGAAGUCUCUGCUUUUCCUUUUCAAAAAGUCCAGCACUGCCAACUGUACCAGUAUUUUGUUUUAUUAAGUGUCAUUUCUAUAAAACAAAUGCACAAACUGUGAAAACUUACAGUAAAAGAAACCAGAUGUUUA